UCGCGGCGCCGUAUACGAUUGGGUGAUUCCAACAGCUGCCGCCAACAGUUCAAAGCUUUGUCCUUGAAUUUGGUCAGGGCGGGUUGGCGUGAGGGACGCGUGUGGGUUGGGUUGCGUUGCGGUGCAAAGGCAAGCGGUGCUGGGCUCGGGUUGCCAGACGAGAGCGAGUGGCGCGAAGGCAUGAAGCUCCUCUCUCAAGUCCAUGUGUGUGGUGGGUGCAGUGGCCGUGCUCGCUCGCUCGCUCGCUGUUUGUUUGAUGGACGCGUUGGUGUUUGGGGUGCUGCAUUCAUUUGUUCAUUCCAUCUCGCUCAUCAUCGCCAUCGUGCACCCGACCAAGGUUUCCAGGCCAGGCCACCGAGCACCGCCAACAUGAACGCGGAGAGCACCGUUGCUCCCCAGCUGUCUGUGAUGCUACAAGACUCAACACGAUGCGGCAACCCAUCGUGCAAGGCCCGACGCCCAAAGCACAAAUGCGCCCGCUGCAUGUCCAUCUGCUACUGCUCCAAGGACUGCCAGCUCUCCCACUAUCCAAAUCAUAAGGCCAUGUGCAAAGCUAUCGCGCAGCAGUUUUGCGUGGUCAGCCCUCCAAACACCAUCGGCUACGACCCCAAAGACCCAGAGGAGCAGGCCAUCGUGCAGAGUUUACAAGAGCAGGCCCACGAGGAGACGCCGGAUGGAGAGAGGUUCUUCCCGCUCAUCUUCCCACACAAAGAAAUGAGUCGGUGUGUCGAUGCCCAGGGCGAAUAUGUGGGUGUCCCCGUUGACGCCGAGACGCUCAAAGACUCGCUGACAACCGGCGGCCUCCACCCAGGCACCCUUUACAGCCUGCCACUCUUCUGCGGCGUGGCACGACUUGCCGUCAAGAGUGGACCCCAGUCUGUCCCCUACACACCCCAAACAGCCACCAUCGAUGCAAAGAGCACCAAAAUUGGGCUGGCAGACUUGAUUGCGUGGAGAAGAUCGUCCAUGCGCAAGAAGAACGGGGCGAGUGUCACCGACAUGGCGCGAAAGGCAACGCCCAUGGACAACGCGAAUCUGGUGCUGGAGCUGCUCUGCCUCCUCGACAAGACUGUCUUUCCAACGCUGCAGCUGCUGCGAGCGCUGCGAGUGAAGGGAGCGCUGAUUGUUCAGGCAGAGCAGCACGAGCUCUCCUGGCAGUUUGUACACGAGCAGGAUCUUCAGGACUUUGGGCGGGAAGUGAAGCACUGCCUUGACUCGUACGACCUCAACUCCGCCGUUGUCACUCUCACCAGCGGCGAGUGCGUCGACCCAACGAGACAAGCAACAGUGCUGAUGCUCACGCCUCUGCACGUCUCACAGGCAUUCCACGAGCAGCAGGUUGAUCCGUCGAUUGUGACGGCGGUGGGUGCACGGCGCCACCGGCUGACACAGAGCCCGCUGCUGUAUCGCCUCAUCAAGCGGCAGAAGGAAAAGCUCUCACCGGGGAGCUUGGUGGACGAGAGCGAGGCAUAGUGGAUGGAGGUGCAUGGUUUUAUGGAGCGAUAAUGAGAAGCUGGGAAUGGGCUGUGAAUAAUGACGAUGGUGAUGAUGAUGAUGGCAGCGGUGAUGGCAUACUCGCUGGGGCGCGCAGUGUAGCGCCGUGCUGCUGCUGGGUGCGCACAGAGAUGAACCAAGAAGACAACCACGAAAUGAAAGUGAUAUGACGUGAUGUGACACAUUCCAGCACUUGCUUUUCUUCGUACCGGUUGCGCCAUGCUGCUUUCUGUGCUUUUUGUUUUAUGAAUGAGCAAUACAUGAUCGAAUGCCAA